GGAACCCAUAAGCUCCACUGAUGUUUGCAUUACCUUGCACGGCUGCAUUGGUCUGUGCCUGGUCCGCCCACGGUCCUCCUCACCCUAUCAGCAAGAGCCAUUCCCCAAAGUUAUUCGAACGCCCUCCUCUCCGUAGCCCAAAGGAAAAACCAACGGAGCUCCUUGGAGGGCUCUGCAAGGCUUGGGAGGUCUGGGGAGGCUGAAGGGUGGAUGCUCCAGGCUGCACCUCUUGAGCGGGCGCUGGAUCCCCUCCAGGCCGCCUUGCCGAUGCGCUGUGGCCGUCGCAUCUCGUGAGAAACCCCCCCCCCCCCCGCCCCCCGGCCCCCCAGCCCCGAGCCCUUCGCCUGCAAGAAGAAGAUGAAAGAGGAAAGCAUGUGCCCGGACUCCCCCGAAGGCAGCCUGGUCACCAGCGAGGAGGAAGGCGAGCGGCUGCACAAGAAAUGCCUCCGCAAGCGUGGCCAGGGGGGCAAGCCGGCGGAGGACUGCGGUGCCCCCUCGCCGCAGGGCAAGCGGAGCAAGCGCAGCCCCGUCCCGCAGUCCUUCGAGGACGUGCACACGCAGCGCGUGAUCGCCAACGUGCGGGAGCGCCAGCGGACCCAGUCGCUCAACGACGCCUUCGCGGAGCUGCGGAAGAUCAUCCCGACGCUGCCCUCCGACAAGCUCAGCAAGAUCCAAACCCUCAAGCUGGCCGCCCGCUACAUAGACUUCUUGUACCAGGUCCUGCAGAGCGAUGAGCUGGACCACAAGAUCACCAGUUGCAACUACCUGGCCCACGAGAGGCUCAGCUACGCCUUCUCCGUCUGGAGGAUGGAAGGGGCUUGGUCCAUGUCCGCAUCCCACUGAGCCGGGGUCUUACGCCUCCGCCUCGAUGGAAACAAGCAGCAGCUCGCCAGCACCCGGGCACCCAGACCCAGCCAUCCUGCUCUCCUCCAGAACCCCCAAAUCCGCCAGCAGCCUCCCCGGCGAGCAGGAGAGCACGAGCCCCGUCCCACCCCGCCGGCCCCCUCGCCCGGGGCUGCUCUGACCCCUCUCCAAACCCCAGGGCUGGGACAGAGGGACCCGAACCAGGACCCUGGCGGUUUUGCUUGGAACGAGCUUGUUCGGAUGCUGUGUAUGAAACUCUUUGAGGUGUAAUUUAUUUUUGGCUCGCAGGUAAGAAAUAGGCGAGUUGAUCUACUCCGGCACUAGCCGCCUGCUCCCCGAGCCUGCCGGGAAGCUGAUGUCCCCGGCUCAGCGGGCUCCGUCCCCCCCCCCCAACCCUGCAUCCCCCCCCCCCCCCCGCAUCCCGCAGCCAGCCAGGACGUGCAGGCAGCUGCCUUCUGCCAGGACCGGGCAGGAUAAGCCCCGCCGGGACUGGCUCGAGCUGCUGCUUCCCCCGGGGACACGAAAACGCAGCGGCCGAGGGUCCGGCCAAGGAUGGAGCACGGCGCCCAGCCCGGCUCCGCUUUUCUCCCUGCGCCUCAACGAUGCCGCGGUGGGAACGGCCGCCCGGCACGCGGAGCAGGUUUUUGGGGGGGGGGGUGUGUGGCUGCUGAACCCCUCGAAGAACCCCGAGGCUCACGACGCCCUCCACUCACUUGUACCCCGUGGACGUGCCUCAGAAUCACCCGCUCCGUUGGAACAACCCAAUUUCUUUGAAAUUAUUGGAAAAUAAGGCUGGAGGCGUUAAGCACCCAGCCCUUCCCUCUUCCC